CUCCUCAGCUGCUCAGCUCUCUGUGUGGCUGCACACAGGAUCACAGAAUCAUAGGACCGCCAAGGUUGGAAGAGACCUUUAAGAUCACCCAGUCCGCCCGUCAGCCUGGCACUGCCACUGUCACCACUUAAACCCUAAACUGCAUCACCCAGCGCCAGGUCCGGACACCUCGUGAACACCUCCAGGGAUGGUGACUCCACCACCUCCCUGGGCAGCCUAUUCCAAUGCCUGACCACCCUGACAAGGAAGAAAGUGUUUCUAAUAUCUAAUCUGAAUCUCCCCUGCCUCAGUUUUAAGGCCAUUUCCUCUUAUCCUCUCCCUGCAGGCACGGCAGAAGAGACUGGCCCCCACCUGGCUAUAACCUCCUUUCACGUGCUUGUAGAGAGCAAUGAGGUCCACCCUGAGCAUCCUUUUUUGAGACUAAACAAACCCAGCUCCCUCAGCCGUUCCUCAUAAGACAUGUCUUCCAGACAUUUCAUGAGCCUUGUAGCUCUUUGCUGGACACUUUCCAGCACCUCAAUGUCCUUUUUGAAGUGAGGGGCCAGAACUGAACUCAGUACUCAAUGUGUGGCCUCACCAGUGCCUGUGCCAGUGCUAGUGUAUAAAGUGACACUGGAAGCAGGAUGAUUCUUUUGCAGCCAGUCUUGGCACUAACCAGUUGAGGAAAUCCAGCUGAGACUUUUAAGGCACUUCCAGGCCAGCCUUCACACAGGCCAGUGCUGCCCUGUUGGCACUCUUUCUGUCAUGUUCUGUCACCUCCCUCCAGGUGCAACUGAGGGGCAGAAUGCAGCUCAGCUUUCAGGGGAGAGACGGACUUCAUGCAAGCACACUUAUAGCCUUCAUGCUUUUCCCUUUUCCUAGUGGAGCUCAAUUCCAGCAGCACUGAACCUCAGUACAAGAAAGACAAGGAGCUACUGGAAAGGGUCCAGUGGAGGGCCACAGACAUAAUUAGGGGUCUGGAGCCUCUCUCUUAUGGGGAGAGACUGCAAAAAGUGGGCUUUUUUAGUCCAGAGAAGACCGAGAAGGGAUGUCAUCCAUACAUAUAAGUAUCUCAAAGGCAGGUGCCAAGAGGAUGAUGCCAGACUCCUUUUGGUGGUGCCCAGUGAGAGGAUGAGGAGCAAAGGCUAUACACUAAUACAUAAGAAGUUUCAUCUUAACAUGAGGAAGUACUUCUUUACGUUGAGGGUGGCAGAGCCCUGGAACAGGCUGCCCACAGAGGUCUUGGAGUCUCCCUCUCUGGAGACAUUAAAAUCCCACCUGGACGUGUUCUUGUGCAACCUGUUCUACGUGACUUUGGCCUUGGCAAGGGGUUUGGACAAGAUAAUCUCUAGAGAUCUCUUCCAACCCUAACAAUUCAGUGAUUCUUGUGUGAUUCUGUGAUCCAGUCUAAUAGCCAAAUGCUGAGGCAAGACAAGUUCGGGACAAAUCGGUUUUGGCUAUGGAAAUCUGUAGCUUUUACAUCCUAUAAUCAGCUUCAUGUGUGUUACAGUUUGGCGGUUUAGGCCAGUGGAAAGACAGCCCAUCAGACACCUAGACAGUUCCCUGGCAACGACUGGACCGAAGAAAACCUGGAGCAGAAGCCGCUUUUCUGUUGCUGUUGGGUUUGUUGGAGGCUGUGGUUACCUGCUUGGUGGUAUUUGCAGCAGUAGCUCUAUGCCAGCAGACGGUGACUUCCAGGAGCAUCUCUCGGCUUCUCUUAAGGAGAUGAAGAAAGGACCAGAAAGUGGAGCAUGUCCCCUUGCAGCUCUAGGAAAUUUAGUGGAGUCAAAUCCAGAUGAGAACAGCAGAAAUGGAGCCUCAGUGAAAGACAAAGAUGUGCUUUCCUCUCCUGGAGAACUGGAAAACAUACAGCUGAAACCUAGCAAAGAAACAUCCAGAAAAAAACUCUGUGGCUAUUUAAAUAAGCUUGGCAUCAAGGGGCCAAUCAAGACCUGGAAGUCUCGCUGGUUCUUUUACGAUGAAAACAAAUGUCACUUACUAUACUACAGAACUGCCCAGGACAUUAACCCUUUGGGGUCUAUCGAGCUCUCCAGCGCCAGCUUUGACUGCAAAAUGGAAAACGGGGAAGGGAUUUUUGAGAUCAGAACACCAAGCAGAGCUUUUACUUUGAAGGCAAUCAGCAAGCAGGCAAUGAUGUACUGGCUGCAGCAGCUGCAAAUGAGACGUUGGGAAUUUUGCAACACUAAGAGCAGAUUUCCUGUGGGCAGCUCCCAGCUUGUGAAUGAACCUCUAGCUGGCAGAACAAAUGUGGUUGACAAUGAUGACUUUCUGCCUUUGGUGAAAACACCAACAGAAGCAGUGGGUUUAAAGGCAGCAUCUUUGCCUGCACCCCAGACAUCUACUGCUUUGCAGAACAUCUCCCUUAAGCACCCUUGGACAGAGAUACAAAACACUGUCUACAAUAUCUGUGGCUCCAAACAGCUCUGGGGGAACAAUGAGAAUGUCUUCAGCUUCGAUGAAUUCCAAGAGCAUCCUUCGAACCUGGAUGAGGAACAAGAGGCAGAAGUGGAGGCAGGGUGUGCAGUUAAGGAAGGAACCCUGGAGGAUGGAAGGAUGGAGUCCAGGCUGAACUGGAUUAGGAAAGCCAGGUGGAUGAACAGUGGCUUCCCAGGCUCACAUGAAGAACUGUCCAGGGAGAGGAACCCAAUGGAUAAAGUGAGUGUUCUACAGCAACAGAUCCUGACGCUGACAGAGGAAGUCAAGUCACAGAAGGAGCUGGUUAAACUUCUCCACAAAGCUCUGGAGGCAGCCCAGCAGGAGAAGCGAGUAUCUAACAUGUAUCUCACUGCAGCAGAAGAUAAGGACAGGCUGGAGCUGGUGCGCCACAAAGUGAGACAAAUAGCAGAUCUGACUAGUCGACUGGAAGCUCUUGAACAAGAAAAGAAGGAACUGGAGCAGAUACUGACUUUGAGAGACAGCCACAUCCAGGAACUCAAGGAACACGUUCAGCUUCUGAUGGAGAAGAACCACGCCAAACAGGAAGUCAUCAUGGCCUUGACAGAACAGAUGGCCCGAGAGCUCUCUGACCCCCUGCAAGAAGACAACACUGUCACUGCAGAGACGUUGUAUAAGCAGCAGGAGGAGAUUGAGCACCUAAAGGAUGAUUUAGAUGCAUACAAAACCCAGAAUCAGUUUCUCAAUUCGGAGAUCCACCAGGUUACUCGACUCUGGACAAGUGCUGCUGAGAAUGAAAAAGCUCUUCUGAUGAAGUGUGCCUGCCUGCAAGCAAGAAACUGCCAGAUGGAGAGCAAGUACUUGACAGUCUUGAGGAAGCUGCAGGAGGCUGUGCCUGGCCUGCCCAGCUCCCAUGCUGAGUUGGUGAAGAAUCUCAUCCAGGAAUCGCUCCAGUGGGAUGUGAAGGAAGAAGCAGAAGAAGGUUUUAACUUGAACCCUGUAAGUGAGUAUGAUGAGUAUGGAUUUAUGACUGUACCUGACUAUGAAAUUGAGGACUGGAAACUUCUGGCCAAAAUCCAAGCCCUGGAGAUAAAGUCCAACAAACUGCGGAGCCAGGAAAUUGUGGAGAAGCCCCUCCGUGACAGGUGGAACAGCAUUGGAGAGCUGAACCCCUCUGCAGAGCUGAAGAGCCUGAUCCGCAGUGGCAUUCCAGUGGAGCAUCGGCAGCGGGUGUGGAGGUGGAUUGUCAGCCGGCACUGCAGCCGCCUGCCUGACCACUACCAGCGGCUGCUGCAGCAGAGCAGGAGCACUGAGCACCCUGCCUGCCGCCAGAUCGAGCUCGACCUGCCCCGCACGCUGACCAACAACAAGCAUUUCUCCUCUCCCACUUCCCAGCUCAUUCCCAAGCUCCGGAGGGUAUUGUUGGCAUUCUCCUGGCACAAUCCUGCCAUUGGAUACUGCCAGGGACUGAACAGAUUGGCAGCUGUAGCUCUCCUGGUCCUGGAAGAUGAGGAAAGUGCUUUCUGGUGUCUAGUCCAUAUUGUGGAGAACCUAAUGCCAGCAGACUACUACAGUGACACACUGAUAACAUCACAGGUAGAUCAGAGAGUCUUCAAAGACUUCCUGUCCGAGAAGCUGCCUCGCCUCAUGGCUCAUUUUGAGCAGUAUCAGAUUGAUGUGUCACUCAUCACCUUCAACUGGUUUCUGGUGGCCUUUGUGGACAGCCUGGUCAGCGACAUCCUUCUGCAAGUGUGGGAUGCCUUCUUGUAUGAGGGAACUAAGGUCAUUUUCCGCUAUGCUCUUGCGAUUUUUAAAUACAACGAGGAGGAAAUCCUGAGAAUUCAUGACAGUGUGGAGAUCUACCAGUACCUACGCUUUUUCACGAGAAUGAUCGUGGAUGGCAGGAAGCUGAUGAACAUUGCCUUCAAUGACUUAAACCCCUUCCCCAUGAAACUGCUGAGGAACCGUCGGUCAAUGCACAGGGAAGAGCUGGAGGCAGAGCUGUGUGAACUGGAACAGAUCAAGGCAGCCUAUGUAAAAGAAAGAGCAGAGCAAGGGCCUCAGGACCCAAAGGAGGUUGCUAGUGAAGAGGAAGAAGAGAUUUAGCAAAAAUAGGGUUGGCCCUCCCUUCCCUCCUAUCUUGCAGAAGGUCAUCAGUAGUAAGAGAUAGACCAGAGGGGGAAGGGUGGUCACAGCAGGAGCCCAUCUGCCCCAGGAAGCAAGGCUGUAGUUCCUUGACCAUUUGGGGACAAAGUCAGACUUUGUAAUGGAUUGGAAGAUGUCGGAGGAGUUUUAUUCUCUUCUGUACUUCUCCCCAUUCAGCCCACCCUGUCCUGUACAGUUCAGGAUUACAGCUGAGGGUGCAUAGGAAGUAUCGGUUGUUAUACCAUGACAGGAAUUGAUGUGGUGCAAACGAUUCAACCAGGCAGGGCUUUUCCACAUUUUUCCAAUGGAGGCUCGAGUGAGAUCUUUAUGUACAAGUAAAAUCACUGGAAAUAACGAACUGAGAACCCUCCCUCAUUGGUACCUGAAGCAGAUUGGUCAGGAAGAAAGCCUGCUCUUUGAAGGCAUGGUGCCUUCAGUGGCUAGCCUGCCAGGAGAGCUUGUGUUUAACGUUGCAGUUACUGAGCCAAGACACUGCGUCCAGGUGAGUGUUGGGUCUGAGGAAGUCCUGGAAGCUGGAAAACAUCACCCCAUGGGAUUUAGGCUCAGACAUGGGAAAUGGGUUGUGGGAGAGUGGAGUUGUCUCUCCAGUUUGGUUCCCGUGGAAAUCCAUGGGAGCACAAGAUGCGUCUCCCUGUCUGGCUGGGAAAUGCUGGGAGCUCGUUCUCCUCUUUAUUUAGCUUUGAGCAGAGCCAUCUAUGGAUUGGCCUGACCCUGGCAGCACUCUGCCUUCCAGAGGUGAGUUUGCUCUGUAUAGGAACUCUCAUCUCAGUGUGAAACCAACCACAGCCUGGCUUCAGGCAGGGCCUAUGUUACAGAGACUUUUACUGGGAACGACUGGAUCUUCUGAUGGCCUCACGCUUGGCCAAGAUGAGUGUGUGGCCAUCUCUGUCUGCCCCACAGUUACUGUUUUCCUGUGCUGAUAUCCCUGUCUCUUGACUCCUAUUCAUAAUGGAGGGACAAGGUCUUUUCUGUAGGACUUUACAACAAUAUUGAAGGUGUUUUGCCCAUGGCUUAUGACACUCUGGGAAUGAACCUGCAAACCACAGGGACUAGGUCACAAAAGAUGACCUGUUUUUCUUUAGAAAAAUCAUUAAUUUCCCCCAAAUCCAGGUCUAGUACACAGAGAUGCCCUGUCUGCCUUUGGGAAUGGGGUCUGAUAGCCUUCUCCCUUGCCUCCCAGGCUUGCCCAUCCCCUGGGCUGGAUGCCCUGCCUGUGCGGCUCAGUCCUCCACAGACCCAGGAUGAGUCAAGUGCUUCAGAUAAAUACAAUUUCUUUUCCCUAACACAAUGCCAGAUCCUGCAGCCCCACUUUCCUGCUGAGUGGUGCUUUAUUCCAGGUGUGCCUGCAGUGCUGGCACUGACAACAUGCAGCAGACCCUGCUGUAAUGGGAGCUCUACUCUGUGUUUUUAGACUGACAUUGAACCCCAGUGGAUUAUGCCUCCUUUAAACAUCCUGUGGUUGACAACCCAACCCUUCAAGCUGUCAGUGCUUGCAAAGGAAGGGGAAAGAUGCAUUCAUAGCCCAUAGUGUCCUCAGCCUGGUGCCACAGACUCUGGUGGAAGCAGCACCAGCCUCUGUUCACUUGAGACGCGUGGUCUGCCUCAGCUCUGCCUUAGGCACAACUGGACAAGUCAGCCAGCUUCAGUGAAUUGUAGAAGACUGGGAGAGAGCUGUGGAGACCAACCGCACAGUAUGGAAGUAAUCAAAGUGGAAAUGAGGUUUUGGGAAGAGUGGAUAGAUCCUCUGCGUGUCACUGAGAGCUGCACACAUUGAAAGUGCGGGAUGAGAAGAAAAUGUUACUUGGAAUCUUACAACAAUAUCUCAAAAAAUGCACUUGCGCCACCUAGGUAAGGUAGCCUAAAAGGCAGAAGGUUUUUCCUCACAGAUGGUAUUGCUAAUGUAAUUUACUCAUACUGUUAUGUGCAUGGGUGUGCACAAAUACAGAUUUUUGCUACUGCUACAGACAUUAUCUUUUAAAUCAAGACCACGAAAAUAACAAGUUUACUUAAAUUUUUUUUAUUCCUAGAGCUUUCUGCAACAGCUUAAAAAUCUUUCCUCCUGACUUGCCCUUAUGUUUAUUAAAAAAAGCAUUUGAAACAUGUAUUAUUAGACCAAACCAUAGCCAGAUUAUCUCUAUGGUAUAUAAUAAACUUUGGUCUAUGUGGUAUAUAAUGACCUGUUAAAAAAUAAACACCUCUGAAGUAAA